AUGGAUUUUUUUAUAUUAUAUUGGAUUUUAGUACUGGUAAUUACAGCAGGAUUAGUAUCAGCAUCAGUAUUUUGUAUUGUUGCGUUAACAGAUUUAGAAGCAGAUUUAGUUAAUCCAAUCGAUCUUGCAAGAAGAUUAAAUCCAUUAUUCAGUACCGAUGUUUCUUUUCAUUCUGCAUUAUGUUUAUUAUUCCUUUACUUUUUGGUUUUCAUAUGUAUUGGUAACUAUUUAAAUUAUAUAAACAUUAUUAAUUAUUAUAAAAAUAUAUAUCUAUAUAUGUAUAUGUUAUUUACAGGUCAAAAUAAAAUAUUUGCAGCUGAUAUUUUCAAAUUAUUACCAGUUUAUAAGAGAAGAUAUGCAAUCAAAAUUGCAUUUUAUAUUGUCACAUUCUUUUUAUAUUUAUAUUGGUUUAUUUAUUAUUUAGUAAAUACUCAUGCCAGUCCAGCUUUAAAAACUAUGAAAAUACCUGUUUAUUAG